AUGUCGCUGUUCGAGGCCAUGAAGAAGAUCGGCAUCAAGGACAAGAAGGUGUAUGGCUCGCACGACCCUAUCAAGGACACCGUCAUUGUGCCAGAUCCCUACUACACCAAGAACAUCUCCUACGCGACCAUCCCGCGCAGCCUCCUCGAGGGCCUUUUCAUCCAGGGCAACAAGCUUGGCCUCAAGUUCCUGCUGGAUCUUCAUGCCUUUCCGGGUGGAUCCUCUGAUGGCACCUACAACGGCAUCUACCCCUCGAAGCCGGUGUUCUGGAGGGAGUCUGUCCAAUUGGGCAGCUCACCGCGCAUUUCCCUGCAGGAGGCUGGGUUGCUCAUCGUCGAGGCGGCCAUCAAGUGGAUUGAGGGCCUAGACGACGAUGUCAAGAAGGCCGUGUAUGGCCUGUCACCCAUGAACGAGCCCGCCCACCUGGCUGGAUUUCAGAACCCCACCUUUGCUCAUCCCGACGAAGUGCUGGUGUGGCUGGCGGAAGCCACGGACCUCUUCAAGAACUCCAAGUUGGUCGACCAGGGCAUGAAGAUGUACAUGCAGGUCAUCGAGACGGCCUUUCCUGGCGGUUCCUUCAACUCGAUGGUUCCUUCUUGGUGGAAGAAUACCACGAGCAAAAAGGAUCGCGAGACCUGGGCAGUGUUUGACAUGCACUGGUACACCGCCUGGGGCACGAAGGCUGCCCUCCUCCCGGGCGAAGCGGUCCUCUGCAGCCGGCCCUUGGACGAGAUUGUGGAGGUCUUGACCCCGGGCAUUGUCGGGUUUGCAAAGAGCUUUGAGGAAAAUUUUGAUGGCCAGCGAGCCACUUCCGAGUUUUCAGCAAGCACGAACGCAGAUGCCCUCGUGGCUUGCAGCGACACCGCGAUUACCAAGGCCUUCAUGCUGAAGCAGGCGAAGAGUGUCAAGCCCUAA